AUACUCAAUUUUUAUUUCUAAGCCUAAGAUUUUAGCUUUUUUUGGAAAUUGUAGCCCCAAACCCAGUUGGGUGUGAAUCAGAAUCACCGUCAGAACUUCUCCUCUCGACGAUUCUCAGUGAUCUCUCUCCCAACUAUCACAAAGGUUCCAACUUUUCUUCUUCUGCAACUGAUCCAAAACGCUUGGUCAAGACACAUGUCUGUUCCGAAUGAGGAAAACUUGUCAUCACAUUCCCAGUGAUCCUAGUUUCGGUGGACUUUCUACUGUCACUGUUUGGUCAGAGUCCUUGAGAAAUAUGAAAAUCCAUGACUCAGUAGAGUUGCUAUGUUUUGAAAUUUAACAUCAGUGGGUAUCAUCACUCAGUUGCUUUUGGUUUCAUCUCUUUGGUGAAACAAAGACGGUGCAGCACUGCAGUGAUGUAUAAAGUGGAAAGUCUAUCUUGAACAGCCAACCUUUAUAUCUGCUAGCAUAUCUUUCUGCCAUAUGUACUUUUGAUGGCCUUUUGCUUCCGUUGGGAUGUUUUGCAGAUUUCAUCUCAUGUGUUCUUGGAUCUCCUGGACUCCAUCAUUGUUGAUGUGGCAUCAGAGUGUCACAGAGUAGCAAGGCUUGGGCUUGAUUCUAAUUUGGAAGAAGAAGAUGAAGAACUGAAGUUAUCAGCCCAAGCCAGGGUUCAGGUGGCCGAUCCUAGUAAUAGUAAUGAAGCAAACGGGAAGUAUGUGGUCGACAUAUUUGGACAAACUCAUCCCCCUGUUGCAAAUGAAAUAUUUGAGUGCAUGAAUUGCAAUCGAUCUAUCAUGGCUGGGAGAUUUGCUCCUCAUCUGGAGAAGUGCAUGGGGAAGGGUAGGAAGGCGCGUCUGAAAGUAACAAGAAGUAGCACAGCCUCACAGAACCGGUAUUCACGAAGCAGUCCUGGUUCUACAUAUUCCCCAUAUUCAAAUUACUCUACCAGUAGCAAUAGCAACAGCAAUAGCAAUAACAAUAGCAUGAACCGGUUGGCAAAUGGAACAUCCACUUUUGCAGGUGAGGAGCACUCCAAUGGGACACCUGACCCUUGAUGCGGUGGCUGGCAUGCACGCACAGCUUGGACUUGUUUUUCUGGAACAUAGCAAAAUCAUGUGUUUGAAAGUAAAAAUGUUUCGAACAUUUUGGACCUCACAGUUAACCAUUGCCUUGUACACACAUCCAUGAUGUUAUUUAAGCUUUUUAUAAAAUAACUUU